AUGGCCACUUCAGGGAGGACGUUCCCAGUUGCCCUGUGGACAUCGACUCCGACUCCCUGGCCGGGAGGAAACACCACAGCUGUGGAAGAGGAGAAGUGCGUCUUCGACGAGGAGUUCAAGUUCAUCCUGCUGCCCAUCUCCUACGGCUUCGUGUUCGUGGUGGGGCUGCCCCUCAACUCCUGGGCCCUGUGGAUAUUCGUCUCCAGGAUGAGGCCCUGGAACGCCACCACCACCUACAUGUUCAACCUGGCCGUCUCCGACACACUCUACGUCCUCUCCCUCCCCACCCUGGUCUACUAUUACGCCGACCGCAACAACUGGCCCUUCGGGGAGGGGCUCUGCAAGAUUGUGCGCUUCCUCUUCUACGCCAACCUCUACAGCAGCAUCCUGCUCCUGACCUGCAUCAGCGUCCACCGCUACAUGGGCAUCUGCCACCCCAUCCGCUCCCUCAAGUGGGCGAAGACCAAGCACGCCCGCUUCAUCUGCGUGGGGGCCUGGCUCAUCGUCACCGUCUGCCUCAUCCCCAACCUCGUCUUUGUCACCACCAGCAUCAAGGACAACACCACCCUGUGCCACGACACCACCAAGCCCGAGGAGUUCGACCACUACGUGCACUACAGCUCCUCCGUCAUGGCCCUCCUCUUCGGGGUGCCCUUCCUGGUGAUAGUGCUGUGCUACUGCCUGAUGGCCAAGAGACUCUGCAAGCCCAGCUUCCCGAGCCCCAGCACCCGCACGCCCUCCUACAAGAAGCGCUCCAUCAAGAUGAUCAUCAUCGUGCUCACCGUCUUCGCCAUCUGCUUCGUGCCCUUCCACGUCACCCGCACCCUCUACUACACCUCCCGCUACUUCCAGGCCACCUGCCACACCCUCAACAUCGUCAACUUCACCUACAAGAUCACUCGGCCCCUGGCCAGCAUCAACAGCUGCCUCGACCCCAUCUUGUACUUCAUGGCUGGGGACAAGUACCGGGGGCGGCUGCGCCGGGGACCCGGCCAGCGCCUGCGGCCCGUGCCCACGUGCGAGCUGGCCCUGGUGUCUCCCUCCAUGGACAACCUCACGAGUGGCAGCCACAGUGCCAGUGACAGCUGA